AGCCGCUUUUGCAGGUACGAUGGCUCGUGUCUUUGUGUACGGCACGCUGAAGAAGGGCCAGCCCAACUACAAGCACAUGAUCGACACGGCCAAGGGGCUGGCCAAGUUCCAAGGACGGGGCCGCACGGUGGAGAAGUACCCGCUGGUGAUCGCAGGGAAAUACAACAUCCCUUACAUGCUGAACAUCCCGGGGACGGGACACCACGUCGCCGGGGAGAUUUACACGGUCGACGAGCAGAUGCUGCAGUUCCUGGAUGAGUUCGAGGGCUGCCCCGAGAUGUACCAGCGCACCCUGAUGAGCAUCGAGGUGGUGGAGUGGGAAGGGAAGGGCGGCGCGGGCGAGGGGCGGGCGGCCGCCGAGGGCGUGGUGGAGUGCUUCGUCUACAGCACGACGACGUACCCCCCCGAGUGGGUCGGCCUCCCCUACCAUGACAGUUACGACUCCUCGGGGAAACACGGCCUCUCCUACGUCCUACGCGAGAGCCGGGAUUAGGAAGGGGAGGUGACGCGGCCCGGCUGAAGACGUAGUACUAAGCACGUGUCCAUGGGUAACCUUGCCAGGAAAGCUGUAACACCUUCCUUCCUAUUAAAACAACACAAGAUCUCUUGUAACCUUCCCAACCCGGCAGCCUCGGCGCUAGCGUUGAAGUCUUGUAGGCCCAGAGAUGGGGACUCGUCCCCUGCCUGGUCAAGUGUCCUCCUCACCCCCGCUAACCUGCUGCCAGUAACUGGGUUUGCAUCAGGCCUAAAAAUAACUGUAUCUUCACAUCAGUUUUGGGGUCUAGUCAUUUUCUCCGUCCGUUCCCCCCCCCCUUUGCCUCAAUGGGUGACUAAAGGUCAGUGGAAGGCAGAGGAACAGGCUAAUUUUCUUUUUUUUACCUGAAUUGACCAAUUUUCUUGGGUAGCUCUGCAAGGUGGGUGGCGUAACGAUGGUACUAUUGCACUAAUAGCUGAAAGUGAUUUUUAAAAAAAAUCACAUCUGCCAACAAAGUAAAGCACAACUGGCAUUUAAUACUCACUCUUAACGGUGUUUAGUAGGUUACUGAAUGUAAACAGGGGGAGGUGACCAUAUAGAUACCACGCGCUUCAAGGCAAAUAUUAAAUCGCUGGAGGAAUAGAGGAAAUUUAAUGACUAUUCUUACUCUGUGUUGCAGUGUUUUCCUGAACUGGAAAAAGAGCAUUUUUAAAACAUGUUUAGUUUUAUAAGGUACUGUGAAGAAAUAUUAAAAGAGUAAAAGGGAAUGACAUUUUUAAAAAGCUGUAUUUUUAAUUUAACAUUCUAAGCACUUUAGGUACCACUUCAGUUCACUGAGUGACUGUGGGAUUUGGGGGGUGGGGUGGGGGAGUGGAGGGGUGUUGGGGACCAGGAAAAGCAAAGCUGCUGUCAGCUGCCCCCCAGAUGCAGCUGUUGCAAGCACUUACCAUUAUCGAGGUGACUUUUAGCCAAGCACUUUAAUGCAGAACUUGCAACCGUCCGCAAACUGAAUAUCCUAUCAUCUGGGAAAGAUUUUAUGUACAUUGUAAAAAAUAUCCAAAGGACCUGUAUUAUGAUUAUUGCAAUAUUUACACUGGGGGGGGAAAAAAAAGAAAAAAAAGACGGAAAGAAGAGUUUUGUCCCCCUGACCCAACCAACUGUGCUGGUCUCUGUACAAUCUGGGAAAAUUGUGGCUUUCUCUUGUAAUGCUACUGUGCCUUAUCUUUUCCUUCCUGUUUGGUACCUAUAGAUUGUACAGUAUAGAAAGCUGCCAAAUGGGAUGUGAGCAGGGAAUGUUUGCCACACAGCGAGCCGAAGGACGAUUAAAUGUACUAAAGGUACCAUUAAGGACAAUGUUGUACUUUUGCUUCCCCAGCAGUAGCCCUGUGAUGGCCAGAGGAGAGCUGGGGCAGGGAAUCAGCCCGGGUGAGGAAUCAACCUAAAUUUGAUCAGGUGCUGCUGCACCUCAUUUAGAAAAUCAGGCAGAAAGCAUGUGCUGCUGCAGUAGGCCAAUUAAGUAAUUUUAAAGUAGAAGAGUCAUGUCUUGGCUCUUUACCAUACCUUUUUUUUUUUAAGUUUAGGGCAACCUGCAGAAGCUGAACUGUGCUCCUUUUGCAAGGGGCAAGAUGGCAUUAAGGAGAUUUGUAGGAAGAUCUGCAGGGUCUCUGCCUCAGAUUCUCCAACUCCAAAAGCACUCAUUUUCCUGGAGGGCAGGUAUUACCCAAACACUCUCCUUACUCAUCUCAAUGGGCUUUGCAAACUAAUUAACAAAGCAGAUCCCUGCACUGCAUUAUUCCCCCUGGCCGUGUGAUGUAGUUGGCAGCGCCUCAAUCACAUGAAAAAAACGCCUCUUCAAUCAGAAUUUCCAAGCAGAAUCGUGAACCUUUCUGGUUGACCAUGAGUCACCAGCCCUCUCCCAGACUUGUUUUUGUCCUUCACCUUCCAGUAAAGGGCGCAGGCGCCUCUGGCCAGAGGGAUUUUUCUGGGAAGUGGCAUGACCCUGUACAUCCUCGGCAACCAAACGAGAGCAGGCCCCUUCCUCCUCCCUGGGGCAGUGGUCAAGGCAUGGCAGGAAGGGUGACUUAGAGGGAUGUUGGGAAA